GCAUGAGCAGGGCUUCUCUCGAUCGGUUUUCCGCUCGACUUUCCACUCGUUCCCCAUCCCCUUCUCCCUCUCACACUCACUCCACUCCACUCCCGUCCCGUCCGUGUCCCGCCUCUCCCAGCCCGGCUGAUGCCGCGUCCCGCAAGGCGCCCCUCGGCGGGGCCGCCCCGUGCCCGGCCCUGCCCGUCCCGCCGCGGAGCCGCCUCCGCCGGGCUCUCUCCGUACUGGCUGUGGCGCCGCUGGAAGUGCCGCUCGCUCUGGUGCUGGCGGAGCAGCGCGGUCUUUUGGCUCCGCCUGGCGCGGGCUCUGGCCCGGCCCCGGCCGAGGCCCCGGCCCCGAACGAAGCUCCUGCCGCGGUUCCGCCCGCAGCCGCCCCGCUGCCGCCCCGCGCCCGCCCCGUCGCCGACAGCGUCGCCGGCGGCUUCCCCGCUCCGAGCUCCGCCGCUCGUCAGCUCGGCCGCCGGCCCCGAGCCGCCGCAGCCCGGGGCGGCUCGGCAAGCAGCAGCGCGCCGGGCGCUCGGGUUGCCGGGGCAGAAGAGCGGGAGCGCGGUGCCGCCCGCACGGGCGGAGAAGCCUCCCCUGGAGCAGCACUACCGGGAGGCCCCGCUGCUGGGGAGCGGCGGCUGCGGCAGCGUUUACUCCGGGACCCGGCUCGCCGACGGCGCCCCGGUGGCCAUCAAGCGAGUGUGCCGCGAUCGCAUCCCGGAGUGGGCGCGGCUGCACAACGGCGCCCUGGUGCCCCUGGAGCUGGCGCUGCUGUGGAUGGUGUCGUGCCCUGGCUUCCGCGGCGUCGUGCGGCUCCUGGACUGGUUCGAGCUGCCCGACGGCUUCGCGCUGGUCAUGGAGCGUCCGCAGCGCUGUCAGGACCUCUGGGACUUCCUGCACGAGCGGGGGUUCCUGACGGAGCCCGUGGCGCGGGGGCUGUUCCGCCAGGUGCUGGAGGCCGUGCGGCACUGCACCAGCCGCGGCGUCCUGCACCGCGACAUCAAGGCCGAGAACGUCCUCGUCGACCUGGCCACGGGCGAGGCGAAGCUCAUCGACUUCGGCUGCGGCACGAUCCUCCAGGACACGUUCUACACCCGGAUGUCAGGAACGCCGGAGUACAGCCCACCGGAGUGGAUCCUCUUUGGCUGCUACCAUGGCCAGCCAGCCACCAUCUGGUCCCUGGGCAUCCUGCUCUAUCACCUGGUCUGUGGGCACCUUCCUUUCCACACAAACGAGGACAUCGUCCGGGGCCAGCUCUUCUUCCCGCCCCGGGUGUCUCAAGGUCCUCCUCCAUGGAAGAACACAGACACCGGAGACAAGAAAUCCCUGGAGGCAGCCAGACACCUAGACCAGAUGCUGAGUGAUCUGGAGAGACGCCGUGAGAUGGACCAAAGGGCUUUGCUGAAGGCAGCACUUCCUGGAGGAAGCAAUGGCUCCGUGCCAGCCCCCGAUACACGAAGGGAGGAGAUGCCAGACAGUGCCACAGAAGACAGAGGCUGGCUGUGGAUGACAGUCACAUGUCUGGCCUGGUGCACACCAGGUGCACACACGAGCUGAGGGAUCAUCCCUGCACGCCCCAUCCUGGAAGAACCGAGGUCAUUGAUGAAUCUGACACGGUUUUAUGGCAUGGCAGCAAAAGAAGGCAAAAGAAAGGCUACAAUUGGUACCAUUCCAACCCCUUGACAUUUUGCCGUGUGUAAUGGAGAUAGGAACUACAAGUUUCCUAUCCAUGCACAAUUUGCUGUCUGAGAGCACUCUGUUCUCAAAGUCACAGGGGCCUGCAGAUCUGUGUCUGAGAUGACUUUAAAAACAAAAACAGCCUUUAUGUGCAACACCUGUGUAUCAAAAGUUCACAAUACAAAUCACAAGCUGAUUUCUGCUGUUAAGUGGAUGAGAAAAAACCCAAAAAGCAAAAGUAAAACCGUGACCAAAUCAAACAGGCAAACACAACAACCACCAAGAAAACAACAAAACCAACACAAACAUCCCCACAAAUCCAGAAAAAGAUAAAAAUCAGGUGAAGGAGGCAGAGAUCCAAGAGCAACAAAUGGGCAGAGGAACUACAGGAAGGACAGCUCAUAAAAAAGGAGAGACAAGAAGUGGCUAUGGCAUCAAACUAGCCAGGGCAUGUGAGAUCGUGUUCUCACCCUUCUGAAAACAAUCUGACAUAAAAAUGAACAGAAAAGAAAUGAUGACGAUUGUGAUAAUGAGAGUCUGCAUGUUUAGCUUUAAUAUAUGCAUUGGGUGUGAGUUGUGUUUUCCUUGUUAAGUCACAUCAUCUGGUGUGGGUAUUCUCAGCUCAGUCAGAGAGAAAGAGACAGGUUUUCUAACCAGGCAAGAGCUGGGAAACAGUUGGGAAAGAAUGUAAAUAAUUCUCUAAUCUAUCUUGUUAUUGACAUUGUUUAUAGAUAUGUUCUGCUACUGUGCGUCAUUCACUGCACACCAAUGGUGUGACGUGUUUUUACUCUAAGACCAAUGAAAUUAGCCUUCUCGAUGUUUUCUAGAGUGGUACAUUUGAAAUAAAGAGAGAAUUCAUUUUCUUAGCCUUCUGAUCUGGAGUUCUCUGUUCCCGUCCUUAUCAACAGCGUCAAUCUGGCAAGGGUUUUUAUCUGUGCAAAGAAAAAUACUGCAGUGGA